AUGAAGUGUCUUGGGAUGCAGAUGUGGACGUGGACACUGUGUGUCCUCUUGAGUGGGAUAUGUGUGAGUCAGGCCGCUCCUGGACCGCACUACUUGGUGCCCAUCCCUGCAGUCCUGGAAGCCGGAGCUGAGACCACAUUCUGUGCGAGUGUCAUGGAGCCCAACGAGACUUUGACCAUCACUGUAACUCUGGUGUCUGCAGAGGAGAACAUCACUCUGCUCACACACACAUCUGACAAAGACUUUCACGUCUGCAGGCAGUUCCAGGUUCCUCAGAAACAAGAGGAGGUGCGGAACUUUAAGGUGGAAGUGCGAGGCAAUACGUUUCAUUCAAAAGAAGUUAGAAAAGUGAUGAUCAAAUCCUAUCAGCCCAUAACUUUCGUCCAAACAGAUAAACCGAUCUAUCUGCCCGGACAAACAGUGAAUUUCAGAGUUGUCGGCCUUGACUCCAAGCUGAGACCUGUCACUCGACUGUACGAAAUCAUUGAGAUUGAGGAUCCCAACAACAACAGGAUCGGCCAGUGGCUGAAUGAAACAUCAGACAGUGUAAUCCUGCAACGCUCCUAUUCCCUCAACCCAGAGGCCCGAGAAGGACAGUACCAAAUCAUUGUGAAAGUAGGGGAUGACAAAAUAUAUCAGAGCUUCAAGGUGGAGAAGUACGUUUUGCCGAAAUUUGACCUAACUUUGGACGUUAAAGACGAAAUAAGUGUGAAACAGGAAGAACUAAAAUCUGAAGUUUGUGCAAAGUACACCUUUGGGCAGCCUGUGCCAGGAGUGGUGAAACUCAAGGCGUGCCGACCUCUUAAUCGCUAUAUGUCAAGCACUUAUUUCUCCUAUGAGCUUCAAGAGGAAUUUGAGAUUACUGCCCCAUGCCACACAGAGACAAAGGAGACAAACAAAAACGGUUGUGCCACAUUUACCUUCAUGAUGUCAAGUUUCAACAAGCUCGACCAGAAAGCUGUGCAGGAUGUGCUGGAUGUCACCGCUGAAUUAGAAGAGGAGGGCACAGGUGUUUCAAGCCGUCAAGUCCGAAAAAUAACCAUUUCAUAUGUUAUUGGAACGCUGUCUUUCAUUGACACACCACAAAUUUACAACAAGGGAACCAAUGUGAAGGGAAAAGUCAAAGCAGUUGAUUACAGUGGCAAACCCAUUCCCGAUAUGCCACUUUACCUGUUUCAAGGACAAAGAUGGUCUCCAACCAGACUGCAGAAUCUCACCACAGACAGUGAAGGACUGGCUACAUUUUCAGUCAGCACUGACAGCUUCAUUGGGGACGUUGUCCUUCAAGUGAGCAAUACGCCAACACUGGAGUACAUUGGAUACAGAGUCCCUUUCUAUGACACCAAAUUCCACUCGCUUAAGAUGUUCCAACCUGUCUCUGAGGACACCAAAACUGUCAGCUCCCUGAAGGUGCAGAAGAGGGAGGAUACCCUCUCCUGUGGCAAAGAAGAAGAGAUCCAGAUCGCUUACACUGUGGUGGGAGAGCCUCGGGGCUCUGUGGAUUUCUUGUAUCUGAUCUUAGCUCGGGGAGCCAUCCUCAUGCAGGGAUUUCAAAAGUUUGAAGUGCAAGAUAAACAAGUGAAUCAAGGCACAGUUUCUUUUAAGCUGGAAGUGUCUCCAGACAUGGCACCUGAAAUCCAGGUUGUGGUUUAUGCCGUCCUCCCCAGUGAGAAUGUGAUUGCCAACAGCGCCGACUUCAACGUUGAGAAAUGCUUUGGUCACAAGGUUUCGCUGGAGUUUGCACCAACAACAAGUGUCCCAGGAGAGGAGGUCGACAUUCAGGUGACGGCCCAGCCAGAUUCUCUGUGUGGUGUGAGUGCUGUGGACCAGAGCGUUCUCAUCAAGGAGCCAGGGAAGACUCUGGAGGCUGAAAAGAUAUUUAACUUGCUGCCUGUCAAGAAAUCGACCUAUAUACCAUAUCAGGCUGAAGAUCCCACAGAGUGCUUGCACGUGAGACCAAGAAGAUACAUCAUGCCGUAUCCUGAUUCUCAAGAAGAUCCCCAUUCAGUUUUCUCGAAUGCUGGACUGAAGAUGGUCACAAACUUAUUCAUCCGAGUCCCUUCCUGCCUCAAGUACAGAGGACGAGAAUUCCACCAGGGCCAUGGCCAUUAUGGUUUAAGAUAUGCUGUUCCUGAAGUUGCCCGAAUGCAUACUGAAGUGGCUAUGGCAGCUCCAGUUCCCGUUGGAGCAGGACUUAGUCAUUACGACGUAGUUGACAAUGCAGUCAUAGAAACGGUCCGCACCUUCUUCCCGGAGACUUGGAUCUGGGACCUGGUGGAAGUCGGAGACUCUGGAAGGAAGGACAUCCCCCUCAAAGUGCCCGACACCAUCACCACCUGGGAGACGGAGGCUUUCUGUUUGUCCCCUCGGGGUUUCGGUCUGGCUCCUCGUCAGAAGUUCACCGUCUUCCAGCCGUUCUUCCUGGAGCUCACCAUGCCCUACUCUGUCAUCCGAGGAGAGAGCUUUGAGCUGAAAGCGACCGUUUUCAACUACCAGUCCAGCUGCAUGAUGAUGAGCGUGGAACCCACAGUCUCAACAGAUUACACCCUUACCCCACUAUCAGAUGGCGUGUACACAUCCUGUGUAUGUGGAAGCGAGCGCUGGACUGUCAGCUGGACCAUGACCCCCUCCACCCUGGGGGUUGUGAAUGUGACUGUGUCUGCCAAGGCUGUGGCGUCCCACAUCCUUUGUAACAACGAGGUGGUCGACGUACCAAAACAAGGUCGUGUUGAUACGGUCACGAAACCUCUCGUAGUCAAGGCUGAAGGAAGUGAGGUGACAGACACCUACAACUGGCUUCUGUGUCCCAAUGGAGGAGCUUUGUCAGAAGAAACAGACAUUAGCCUUCCUGCCAAUGUGAUUGAUGGCUCUGCCCGUGCUACAGUUUCAGUCCUGGGCGACAUCCUGGGCCGGGCCCUGAAGAACCUGGACGGACUGCUGCAGAUGCCGUAUGGAUGUGGGGAGCAGAACAUGGCUCUGCUGGCCCCCAACAUCUACAUUCUGCAGUAUCUGAAAGGCACAGAGCAGCUCACCCCAGCCAUCAUGGAGAAGGCGAAGAACUUCUUGACCAGUGGCUACCAGAGACAGCUCAACUACAAACAUGGGGAUGGUGCCUACAGCACAUUUGGAACGGGAGCUGGAAACACUUGGCUGACCGCCUUUGUGCUGAGAUCAUUUUCCAAAGCUCAGUCCUUCAUUUACAUUGAUCCAGAUCAUAUCGACUUAUCCACAAAUUGGCUGCAAGCAAAACAACGUGAAAAUGGCUGUUUUGAAAAGUCUGGAAAACUCUUUAACAACAGAAUGAAGGGAGGCGUGUCUGAUGAGGUGACUCUCUCUGCCUACAUCACUGCUGCCUUCUUGGAGAUGAACUCAAAGGCAGAUAAUCCUGUGGUAAAAAACAGCCUGGGGUGCCUCAAAGAGUCCAUGAGUAACCUGAGCAACACCUACACCACCGCUCUGAUGGCCUACGUCUUCAGCCUGGCAGGAGACGUGGAGACCCGCGACCGCCUCCUGCAGCACCUUGAUUCAGUCGCAAUCAGAGAAGGAGGUUUCCUCCACUGGUCCCAGAAAGCCACAGAAACAUCGGCCUCUCUGUCUGUGGAGAUCAGCUCCUACGUGCUCUUGGCCAAACUCAGCGGCUCUCCCAGUGCUGGGGACCUGGGAUACGCCUCCAGCAUUGUGAGGUGGCUGUCGAGGCAGCAAAACUCCUACGGAGGUUUCUCUUCCACGCAGGACACAGUGGUGGCUCUCCAGGCUCUGGCUCUCUACUCCACUCUGGUGUUCAGUCCCGAGGGUUCCAGCACCGUGAAGGUUCAGGCUCCCAGCGGUCCUCAGUUGUUUGAGGUGAAUCCAAACAACAAGCUGCUCUACCAGGAGAGCGCGCUGCAGGACAUGGCGGGGAAGUUCAGCCUGGAGGUGAAGGGCUCCGCAUGUGCUUCAAUCCAGAUUUCUGUUGACUACAACAUCCCCACUCCCACUCUGGUCUCUACUCUCAGCGUGAAGAUCACAACAGAAGUCGAUACCAGCAAGCCCACCAGACCCAAACUCACUCUGAAGCUGCAGUCGCUUUACAGUGGAAGGGAGAGCGAUACCAAUAUGGUGAUCCUGGAUAUCAAAGUGCUCUCUGGAUUUGUCCCAGAUGAACAGUCUCUGAAGAGGCUCCGGGGGGCUUUGCUGGUGGACCGUGUUGACCGAAAGGAGGACCACGUCCAGGUGUACUUGCGGGAGUUACCCAAAGACACACCCAUAAACCACAGCUUAGACCUCAUCCAGGAGCUCCAGGUGAAGGACCUGAAGCCCGCUGUCGUCAAGAUCUAUGACUACUACCAGCCAAGUGAUCAAGCUGAGACAGAAUAUGUCUUGCCGUGAGCUACAGGU